GUUGGAGGACGAAUCGAACCAAGCGCAAUUUCCCCUUGACCGACCACACGUUACCAUCAAAAGAGCAUACGUCGAAGGCAGCUAAUUGACGUAUCCCCGCAGGAGUUCUGGUUUUCCUCUAGGAUACAUACAUAGCGACUAGCUACCGCGUAUCGAUGGCCGAUGCUGCUUUAGCUCAUUUAUCUGAAUCCAACUCAGACAAAGGGCCUCGUACUUCUCCUUCUCGUCCUCAAUGUUCUGAAUAUGCCUUAGCUCGCAGCUGCGCAGACGCCAACGUAUGCAACGGUCCCAGCCAUCAUGCCUACACUGGCCGGCCCCGCGAAGCCGAGAAUGACGCAGUGGGAGGAACUAUGUACGACCAAAGGCUUAAUCGCGCCGUGGCUGUCCUGGACGGAGUGCGCAAACUCGGCGAUGCUGGCGCAAUUGACAAAGAGCGACUGUUCGCCGUACGCGACAAGAACACUCGACGGCACGGGUGCGACGGCCGCCGCCGGCGUCAUGACCGACUGCUACUGCCCGGCCUACCAGACGAUCGGGGCGUAAGUCUCAGGCGCGGGCGGCUCUUCAGGAUGUUUCGGGCUAAUAUGAUUUGCCAGGAACUGCCUCCAGAUUGUUUGCCCAACCGAGGCAGCGAACUUGUUCACGAAGCAACUGCUUGAGGGCGUCUGCCCCGGGGUUACGGCAGCGGAUAAUGUCAGCUUCCCACUCCAGAUUGGGAUAACGACGACGGCGACAAGCGCGGAAGCGAUGGGGGCAGAGACGUCGAGAGGAAGUGGUCUGGAUGGC